AUGGCUGGAUGUAAAAUAAGUCUUGAAAAUGCAAAUAAAGAUCUUCCUAGAAUAAGGGAUGCUGAAAAAGAAAGUGAUUUUGGCAUUGUAUAUUCUGUUUCUGGGCCAAUUGUGGUUGCAGAAAAAAUGAUAGGUGUUUCUAUGUAUGAGCUUGUAAGGGUUGGUUAUUAUGAGCUUCUAGGAGAAGUAAUUUCAAUUAAUUAUGAUAAAGCAACAAUUCAGGUUUAUGAAGAAACUGCGGGUGUUGCCGUGGGUGAUCCUGUACUUCGGACGUAUAAACCUCUAUCUGUAGAGUUGGGACCAGGAUUGUCGUCUAAAAUAUAUGAUGGUGUACAGCGAUCUCUUCAAACAAUUCAAUUAAAGUCUCAAAGUAUUUAUAUUCCUCGAGGUAUUGUUACUGAUGCCUUGGAUCGACAUAUUCAAUACGAAUUUCUACCAUGUGAUUAUAAAGUUGGUGAUCAUAUCACUGGCGGUGAUAUAUAUGGAUCAGUUUAUGAGAAUUCUUUCCUUUCUGAGCAUAAAAUUUUGCUUCCACCUAAAGCCAAGGGAACUAUUACUUAUAUUGCUGAAAAAGGGUCUUAUACUGUUGACGAAAAAAUUAUUGAGCUUGAAUUUCUUGAUAAGAAAAUAUCGUAUUGUAUGUAUCAUAUGUGGCCUGUUCGAAUUCCUCGUCCUGUAGCUGAAAAAGUUUCUGCAAAUACUCCAUUGCUCACUGGUCAGCGUGUUUUAGAUGCAUUAUUUCCAUGUGUUCAAGGUGGAACAACUGCUAUUCCUGGCGCAUUUGGUUGUGGAAAAACUGUUAUUUCUCAGUCUUUAUCUAAAUAUUCUAAUUCAGACUUUAUUGUUUAUGUUGGUUGCGGUGAAAGAGGUAAUGAAAUGGCAGAAGUGUUAAUGGAUUUUCCUCAAUUGUCAAUUGAAAUUAAUGGAAAAAAAGAGUCUAUUAUGAAAAGAACUACUCUUGUUGCAAAUACAUCAAAUAUGCCAGUUGCUGCCCGCGAAGCAUCUAUAUAUACUGGAAUUACUCUUUCAGAAUAUUUUAGGGAUCAAGGGAAAAAUGUUGCAAUGAUGGCAGAUUCUACAUCAAGAUGGGCAGAGGCUCUUCGUGAAAUAUCAGGUCGUCUUGCAGAAAUGCCUGCAGAUUCAGGGUAUCCAGCUUAUCUUGGUGCUAAGUUGGCAUUAUUCUACGAACGUGCUGGAAAAGUUAUAUGCUUAGGAAGUCCUCUAAGGGAGGGCAGUAUUUCUAUUGUUGGUGCAGUAUCUCCUCCUGGUGGUGAUUUCUCUGAUCCUGUAACAUCUUCAACUCUUGGUAUUGUUCAAGUAUUUUGGGGAUUAGAUAAAAAACUUGCUCAAAGAAAACAUUUUCCUUCUAUUAAUUGGAAUGUAUCAUAUUCUAAAUAUGAAAAUGUCUUGGAAUCUUGGUAUGAUGAGAAUUAUCCUGGUUUUGUGGAUACCCGUAAUCAAAUAAAAGAAAUAUUACAGAAAGAAGAAGAAAUGAUAGAGAUUAUUAGAUUGGUUGGGAGAAAUGCAUUAUCAGAAACUGAUAAAGUUACUUUAGAUAUUGCAAACUUAAUCAAAAAUGAUUUUCUUCAACAAAAUGGAUAUAGCAAGUGGGAUAGUUAUUGUCCUAUUUGGAAAACAUUUUAUAUGAUGAAGAUUAUCGUCAGUUAUUAUCAACAAGCAUUACAUAUCGUAGAAGAUUAUAACAUUCCUUGGAAUAAAGUACGAGAAAGCACAUUAGAAGUUUUUCAAAAGAUUAGUUUUAUGAAAUUCGAAAUUCCAGAAAAUAAAGAAGAAGUAUUAGCACGUUAUGAAAAACUUUUAACAGAGGUAGCGGAGUGUUUUCGAAUAAUUACUGAAUAA